AUGCCGCCUGAACGCAAUGUGACGCAAAUGUACAAUGUAUCCUGCCCUCUCCCAUUCUUCAUCCAAGUGCCACUUCCUUUGCCAAACGCGACGGCAACAACAGCAACAGCAACCCAGACUGCGCAAACAACACCAGCAGCCGCAAACAUGUCGUCCACGUUCUCCACCACGGCCUCGGACCCUGGCACGAUGCAGCGCUUUCAGGUGUUGGCGAUAGCAAACUACACACGCUGUGCCGCGACGGUGAUGUCGGUCACCACAUUGCCGCCAUCCUCGCCGCCACCAUCAGCAGCCUCCUCCACCACCACCACCACCACGACGGCUGCGCAUGGCACAUCGUCGGUACCAUCGUCACGUGUGCCCGCGGGAACGAGCGGUAAUGAUACAUCGCAUGCGUCGUCGACCACCGCCAACCCGUGGACCGGAGACAGCACAGGCGGCACCGGUAGCGGCUGGGAUCACCUCACGAACACAAACGUCGUUUCUGUUGUGUGCGACGGAUACGGGGAUCUGCUGCGUAGCACGCCGGGCCUGGAGUGCAGCGUCAACACCACGUCCCUCCUCCUCACCUGCACUCUGGAUGAUGGCUCUGGUCCCGCCCAGACAAGGAACGCGACCGCCACCACUGCCACACCGGCGUUGCACACAGCAGCGGCGCCAACAACAGCUCCCACCGCCACGGGCAGCUACAGCAAUAGUAGCAGUACAGCGGCGCCCCCUGAUGCGCAGGAUGGAAGGGCGAUUGUGUUUGAGCACCGCUUGAAUGUGACGACACAGGUGGAAGGAGACCUAGUCUGUGUUCCUGGUGAUGAUGGCGUGGGCCCCUCCACCGUGAUGCCGCCGACAACCAGCGCACCCGCUGUGACGCGCAACGUGCUGAUUGUCGUGCCAGCGCCACCAACACCAGCAGAACAGUACGUGUCACAAAACACGCAGGAAGCAACCGGGUCUCGCCAUGGGGAUUCGGCGCAAUCACAAGAGGCGACAGACCAGCAACAAGAGGCGGAACAGGGGCCUGAUGACGAUGAUGACGAUGAUAAUGAGGAGGAGGACGAUGAGAAUGAUGACGAGGAAGAAGAGGAGGAGGAGAAUGGCAUUGGCAGUGGACUUGGCCCCCAGCUGGAGCAAGCCGAAUUGAUGCUUGAGCUGACAGCCAUGUUGCCGGAGAGGGCGCCGCGCCCUUGCUCCCUCGUCCCGUUCAUUGACACGCGCGUGCGCGCUGGCGUGCCGACAGCCGAGGAUGUGGAGUGGGCAGACGACGUGGUUGUGUUCGCAUCAUCAUCGCCAUCGCGCAUGCCGGAGUCAUACCCGCUGCUGGAUGCCAUUGACCGCUACAACGUGUCAUCGCCCUCGUCGCUGUAUGUUGUGGACGACAACGUGUGGAGUCUGGGCCCGCGCUUCCACUCGCAGGCGCAUUUUGUCCUGCCGACGCUGCCCCAAUCCGCCUCGCUCCUGUCCUCCGUAAUGGGGCACUUUGAGUUUACGCGCAUUGUGCUGGUCACGGAGACAGACCUCAUGUUUCUGAGGGAGGAGCUGCUGCGAGUCGUUGCCGCCGAGCGCGCGUUUAACAUCACGCACACGGUGACGGCCGACGUCUCCGAUGCCCAAAUCCGCAACACCCUUCGCGACUACGCUCGCGACGCAGAAGGAAGCGUGUUUGUCUUUCUGCUCUCUGCACCGCAAGCCACUAGAGCGCUGCGCAUUGCUGCGUCCAUCGACUUUGGGCGUGCGCGCAUCUUCUGGAUUGGCGAUGCUGCUGCGUACAUGGCCAAUCUCAAGCUCACUGACGACUUCCUCCCAGACCUCUUUACAGUGUUUCCGUCGGUGUCUUAUCCUGUUCCAUCGCCCUCGCUCAGUGCCAUUGGCGAUUUGUUUUAUCUCUGGCACAACAUCACAUUCCCGCAGCCGCCCGCCACUCGCUCGCAGCGUGCAUAUCCCUUCCCUGGUGCGCGUGAGGAGGAGCUGUUAUUGGAGCAGAUGGACGGCAUCCCGGUCCGGUUGGCCGAAACGGGCACAUUUUACGCCGUGCCCCUCAAUCCUCCAAGUCUGGAGAGUGUGCGCCAAUCGGUCUCUCCAAAGCUUCAAACACGCAUCCAACGCACGUCCAAGCGCCUGCGGGAGCUGUCUGGUCGGGACGGGUUCAUAUCGCCACUCGCGCUCUUCACCGUUGAUCUCAUGCAUCUGAUCAUCCACAACGCCGUCGUGGUGCGCUACUUGUACCCGGGAUCCACCCCCUCCCACUCCACAGCGGACUACGUUGGCGCGACGGGUCUGAUGUCGUUCAGUGCCGACAGCGGGGAGCGGUCGCUGGUGUGGUAUUCCGGCGCCCUUUUCCUCGACUCGGGUGGUGUUGAGCUCGUUCUCAAGUUCUCGACGGGUGGACAGUCCAUCACCGUCACCGACACGCUUGACGAGCUGCCAACACCGGACCAGAACAACGGUACCGUGUGCACUCAGGUGCGCAGCGUCUGUCCCGCAUGCAAUCGAUCCGUCAUCAUCCCCGUCGUCGCGGGCGUGCUGUCGUUCCUGGCGAUUGUUGCCGUCAUUCUCUACUGCGGUCGGCAGCGCGUCGGCCUCUCGCUGCUCGAGAAGACGCGCAGAGCCGAGCACUUUGCUCAGCUGGCGCGACACGAUGCGGAGGUGAAGGCCAACUUCCUGGCCAACAUGAGCCACGAAAUCAGAACGCCCCUCCACGCUAUCCUCUCCAUGGGAAGACUUCUCCUUGAAAACAGGCAAAGCGACAAACACGUGGAUCCGCAGGACUUGGAGGACUUGAAUCAGCUUAUCAAGAGUUCGGAAACAUUGCAGGCGCUCGUAAACGACGUCUUGUUCAUUUCGAAGAUGCAGACGUCCUCGUUCUCCCUGCAGAACAAAACGUUUGACGUGUGCGCCUUGGUGGAGGACAUUACGCAACUUCUUGCCCUUCGCUGGGAUCCGCAAAACGUCGAAUGCGUGAGCAAACUGCAUCUGCCCGAGUUUAACUACACCAUCGAGGCAGACCCACUACGCUUGCGUCAGGUCCUAACGAAUCUAAGUACGAACGCAAUGAAGUUUACGGAGGAGGGGCACGUGGUCCUCUCAUGCUCUCUCAUCGAACUUCAUCCAAACGACGACUACGCUUCCCCAGAAGGCAAACGCAUCCCGCAUCUGCUGUUUGAGGUGUCGGAUACGGGCGAAGGCAUGACGGAUGCCACCAUGUACAAUCUCUUUGAACGCUUCUUCCAGGGGCACAUGUCCAUCUCAAAGGCCACGGGCGGUGCUGGGCUUGGACUGGCAAUUGCUGCGGAGCUCGUGUCGAUCAUGGGCGGGACAAUUGGCGUGUGGUCGGACGGCGAGGGAUUCGGAUCCACAUUCUGGUUCACCCUCCCAAUCAGCUACCAGCGUCCACAACUUGCCAGCAGAAAGGUGGCUGUCGACGAUGGCUUUGGCGAGGACAUGUCGGCGCCAGUUGCGCGUGUGGCGUACGAAGACAGCCGCUCAUUCAUCCAGGACAUUGCACACGUACCGCUGCCAAGCAUCAUCGUGCAGACGGUGCAGUCGCAGCUGUCAAACCAGCUUGUGCUCAUGUGCUCGCCAAAUCGCGGCGUUGCUCAGCGCGACAUCACAGCGACGUUCCUGCGGCAGUGCAAGCACUUUUCGCUGCUCAACAAGCCCGUCAAACGAGAGAGCUUGUGGAAGGCCCUUCUUGGUAUCGACGAAGUCAAGGAUGUGGAUCAGCUGACGGCAGCCAUUGAUCGCACUCACUCGCAAUUCUCCGCUUCCCAACGACGACAUCGCCCGUCUUCUCCGUCUCGCUCGCGCCGCCGAAAAGUUGCUGUGACACCAACAAACGCAAGCGAACAACAAGAUCUGCAAGAGCACCAGAAGUCAGGAAGUGUCCCACAACCUGUGACAGCACACCACGAACACGCGGCAAAGCAGCAGCAACAACAACAGGCGAGCAGCACAGCGCGCAUCCUUUUGGUCGAAGACAACGAAGUCAACAUCAAGAUUGCCAGGCGCUUCCUGGCGUGGGCGGGAUACACUCACGUUGAUCUGGCAACAGACGGUCUUGAUGGUGUCCAUCAAUUCAAGAACAACAACUACGACCUCGUCCUCAUGGACUGCCAGAUGCCGAAUUGUGAUGGUUUCCAGGCGACGAAUAUGAUUCGCAGUUACGAAGCCAAGGAAGGGCUCGCUGCAACGACCAUUGUUGCCAUGACUGCUUACAGUAUGCCGGAGGACCAAGCAAAAUGCAUCGCAGAAGGCAUGAACGACUACAUCUCGAAACCGUUUACAAAGGAGCGACUGCGGGAUGUUAUUCGGCAGUGGCUGUCAACACGCCAUGACCCGACACUACAUGACACAACAACGCAUGACCCGACACCAGCGCCACUGCCUGAUGUGCUGGCAUCCAAUGCAACCCAGCUCACAGCAUUGACAAAGGGUGCAACGGCCCCCAAGUCAACAGCGAAGACGUGGACUGAAACACGCUUUGCGGCGGGCGGUGAUGGUGGCGAUGGAGAUUUCAACGCAAGAAACACGUGCGGCCAGAGCAGCGAAGAUGACGACGACGCAGGCUCCACACGCAUGCUGCUCAAUGCAUCUUCGUUAUCGUCCAUUCACUCCAUGCAACAACCGCAACAGCAGCAGCAGUGGCAGCAGCGGCGAAGCAGCAGCCAUGGUGAUGGUGUGCGCGCCAUGGCCGAGCAGCCGCCGUCAUCGGCAUCAAGAUCAUCACCAUCAUCGUCCUCAACCUCAUCAACAUCCAUUAUGGUGAGGAUGAAUGGCGGCCGGGGCCAUCAUGAUGAUGAUGAUGAUGAUGAUGACGACGACGACAGCAACAGCAACGACAGAGACGAUGCGCCUGAGGUGUUGUCCACCGCCACCAUCCCUCCUCCUACUACUGCUCCUGCGACUGCUGCAGCCACUUCUUCGUCAUCACAUCCCGGUCCGCGACGGCACAACGCAGCAGCUGCCACCAACGAUGACGAUGAUGGCAGCCGUUGUCAUGGCGAUGGUGACGGUGGUGAUGGUAGUGGAGGCGACAGUGACAGUGAGCAGCCAGGGGAGCUGUUGUCUGUCCGUGGGCAAGCGUGCGCAAGCUUCCGCCCACCACCGCCACCCACGAUGACGUUCACGGCACUUCCAAUGUUCUCUGCUCUCUCCCCUGCACGGACACAGGCACUGAAGACUGGGAAUGGAGGCGGUGGGGUGCGUUGCAGCGGUGGCCAUCAAAACAGCGAGCAGCAACAACAGCAACAACAGCGGCGGCAACAACAACAACAGCAGCCGCGGCAACGUCAACAGGCCGAGGAUGUGGGGGAGGAAUGCCAUGCUGAUGAUGGGACCACCACGGCGGAGCAAACAUUGCCACCACCGCCACCAACAUCGUCAUUGUCCUCAGCAGCAACAGCGACGACAGCGACAAUACCAUUGCCACUCAUCGACUUUUCCAUUCCGACAGGUUCUGCAACAACGAAAACACCACCGCUGAUGAAUGGUGGAGGGGAGAGCAGACAGCAGCGGGAACGCGAAUCCGCUGAAGACCAACUGCACCACCACCAGCGACCACCACCCGGCACUGUGCUGGUGUUGCAGUCGCUGCGGGGCCAUGGUGAUGGGAGUGGAGACGGGGAAGCGUUGCUGGACGAAGUAACAGUGUGA